AUGGCUGAGCCAACACACUUUAUACCCAACAACCGUCAACCCCGAGAGUCUUCGCUGGAUCGAAGAUCAAGGAGGUGUCUUAAUCCCAUAAUAGAAGAGGAAACCGAGAAUGUUCAUGCUCAAGCCAGUGCAAAGGGAAAGAGGGCCGAUACGUCGCAUCUCAACAUCACAGCAUGGCUAUCACCGAUGAGCGAUCAUUUUCCGACUCCAAGGGGAGUACACUAUCUCGCUGCCCCGAUCCUUCCAUCAUCGCCGUCGACAGUAUCAGCCGAUGAGAGUUCACCAACAUCAUUCUCCAACUCGAACUCGUGGAACCGAACCAGUUCAGUUACCGAUGGUACCGAAUUCGAUGAGCUGUACGAUCUCUAUGAUGUAUCUGACGAUGAAGCGAACCGGGGGCUGCGCCGUUCAUCAUCCGUCCGAAGAUCUCGAGGCACGUCCAUGGUUUUUGAACCAGUCAUCAGACAACCCACUCCUCUCGUGAUCCCACCUACUAGAGAUGAGAGUGACGAAGCCUGGACUGCCGUCGAUGAGUUCAAGAAGAUUACCUCUCCGCUGCCGUUGACCCCAUCUGCAAAUCUUCCCAUGUCCCCUGCGCAGAAGGACUUCUUCGGCAAGCAGCAAGCUUUGGAUAUCCCUACAAUCUCAGCGCCACCGUCUCUUGAUGGAAGCCUGUCAUCCGAGCAACUCGCUACUAUGAGUUCCCCUCCCACUCCGGUGAUCGGCAACGAUGAGACCAACACCGAAGCCCCCUGGACAGGCGUCCAUUUGCAGCCUGGUGCUCUGGCAACUUUACACGCCUUGUCUGGUGGGGAUGAGGAUGAAGACUUUGAGGAGCAAGAUAAUGAGACUGCUGAGCCCAAUCAGGCGCAACCCCAGCAGGUCCCUGAAAUGCAACAGAGUUCUCUGCGACUUGUUACCAAUUUUUUAUCUCAGGCAACUCGGGAGAACACCAAUGUUGCCCGUCAGUCUUUGGCGGGGCUUACAAGGCUCAGCAUUCCAUCUCCCGGCGGCUUCUUUUCUGGAUUGUCACCUCGAAGCAGGAAUACUUGGCACCCUAGAACCCUCUCGCCGCUCGAUUUAAUCCCCCCGACAUCUACAACAGCAGAGCAGUUUUAUCGUUGCCCUUGGAACGCCAGCAUCGAUGCAUCCAUUCCCCCAGUUCCUCAGCGGGACGAAGCCGAGGACUUCUACCGAAGCGUGAGCUUGAUGUCGUCUGCCCCUGUUGAGCAUAUCGUAGAGGUUCAAGCCGAUGAGAUCAACGAGGAUGAUUUACCUACUGCUAGGCCCAUCCUCAAUCUCCAGACGAAUACCCAAGUAAGCGAGGCCGCCAAGUCUCCUUCUUCUCCCGAUGCGGACGAUAUCCCAACCGAAAUCGUUGAAGACUACGACCCUAGCUAUGCUCGAAAGCAACAACUGGAAGCCCUUUCCAAUCUUGACCGCACUGGGCUGUGGCUUAUGGCACAGCGAGCGUAUCUCAAAGGCGUGGAUGAUGUUGAGACUAAUGGCGCUUUGGAAACAAUUGAGGAAGAUUUGGAUGAGGAAGAUGAAGAGGACGUCAAGUUGGAGACCAAAACUGAGCCUGAAUCCGAGCAGAAGCAUGGCCAGAAGGAUGUCGUGGCAAAGAAGACUGUGCGGUUUUCCAACAUCAUUACUACAACUGUGGUGCCAAAGAGCCUCCCAUCGAAGCUUCUUCGUAAGGAAUCCGCCUACUACCGAGCCUUCCAAGACUACAUCGUCCGAACUCAGCAAAGCGAUGUUUUUGUUUUUCAACAGGCCCGCUUCGAGGCUCUUCAAGCGCAAAGGGUUGCGCUUCGCACUGCUCACCACAGCCAACUGCUGGGAAAGUACCAACUUAGUGUUGUGCCCCAGUCCGCAAAGAAGCGCCUGAGUGCUAACGUCGUGCGCGGCGACGACAUUCUGCUUGACGACCCGGAAACGUUGCGAAAGGAGAAGGAGGCUGAGGCCAUGAAGCAAAUGACCAUGGCUUCGUGGCAUGUUGCUGCAGUGAAGUUCCUCAACGGUGGGAAACUCAUUUCUGCACCAGUCACCAAGCGUCUGGCCCGACUCUCGCGAAUGGCACCCGGCAAAGAUGGUGUUGCUCGCGAUAGAGCCAGGAUCUUGGACCUUGGCGGCCAGUCGAGCUGCGAUUGGGCAUGGCACUGCGCCCUCCUGUAUCCUAACACCAAGGUUUACACCGUCACCACCAAGGCGGUUCGCCAGCUCUCCAACUCAAACAUCCGAGGCCCACCCAACCACCGUCAGGUUGCCGUAGAGCGACUGACCAAGCUUCCCUUUGCGGACAAUCAGUUUGAUCUGAUCUCCGCCCGUGAGCUCCACAGUCUCCUUAAGUUUAUUGGUGAGAAUGGUGAGGAUGAGUGGGAGAACUGCCUUCGCGAAUGCAUGCGAGUCUUGAAGCCUGGCGGUUACCUUGAGUUUUCCCUUCUCGACUCAGAUAUCAUGAACGCUGGCCCAUUGGGCCUUGCUAAGAGCGUGGAGUUUGGCUUCACCCUGAAGACUCUCGGUUAUGACCCUAGCCCAACAAAGCUGUGGCUGGGCCGGCUUGCUCGUGCUGGUUUCCACGAUGUCCGUCGCGCCUGGGUAUGUCUCCCUGUUGGGGCCAAGCCAGUGGUCAAGCCUCCCACUCCUCCCAAGGACAGCCCAUCUGGAGCAGAUGUCAAGGUCUGCCAGAUGGACGCAAUGGUUAUGGGAAGCACAGAUGAUAUCGCUAGCGUCUGCAGCAUCGCUGGCGGCUGGAGCUGGGAGCGAUGGCUCCUCCGAUGCGAGAUGGAGAAAGAAGCGGGCAAGUGUCUCGAGGGUGUCCACGCCGUGAUGGAGGAGGGACGCAACGGCAGAGCAGGCUUCCGCAUGCUCAACGGGUAUGCCAGGAAGCCUCUGGCGACCAAGGCAUGA